UCGCUGAUUUUGAGUAUCUGGCCACCGCCUACCAUUCGCCGACCCGCCCGUUACUGCAGAGUACUCACCCACUGACUGGAUACAUGAAGGAUUUUCCAUUAAGGGCAUCUACCACGCAAUAAUGGACCGCAAGCUAUUCACUGCGUUGAUGUGUUGAUACAAAUAUAUUUCAAACAUCAAAUAUGAAUCAUGCAUUUGAUAUUUCUGGCAAAUGUGCUCGUGAGCAUCCUUGCGACCUGGCUUCAUCCCUCCACAGCGUCAUUCGUUUCUCAAGGAGUGGAGAGCGAGGCUGAGAGGGACGCAGUGGCAUCGCUGCUGGAACUCGAGGCGACUGCAGCAUCGGCCCCAGGCAACGCGAGUGGCCAUGCGGCAGAGCGAGUCAUCGCCUACCCCUCUCGGCUCAUCUACUACCUGAACGAGGACUCGGAGAGCACCUAUCACGACCUGGACACGCGGACAAGGAACCAGGUCCCAGACGCCCAGUCGGUCCACCUUGCUCAAGCCAGUUUUCAACUAGAGGCCUUUGGCUCCAGAUUUGUACUGGACCUUACGUUAAACAAUGACUUGUUGUCUUCAGACUAUGUGGAGAUCCACUAUGAGAAGGGGACACCGGUACUGUCCAAGGGAGGGGAGCACUGUUAUUAUCACGGCCAGGUGAGAGGCAAAGAGGAGUCCCGCGUCGCCUUGUCUACCUGCAACGGACUGCACGGAAUGUUUGAUGACGGAGCCUACGUGUAUCUAAUUGAGCCUCAACAACAGACUCAUUCCAUCGAUAGCUCCGCCAGGCCCCACACCCUGCGCAGAACGCCCUCCCUGCAGUCAAACGACGACUCGGAAGAGCUGGAAGACGAGGAGCAGCUACUCUCGGAGCUGGACGACAUGUCCUGGCUGAAGCGCAGGAAAAAGCGAGCUAUGCCUCGGAAUGUUUUCGAGGAGAUGAAGUAUUUGGAGAUAAUGAUCGUCAGUGACCACAGCAUGUAUAAGCGAUACAAGACCAAACAGCACACCAGGAACUUUGCUAAGUCGGUGGUUAAUCUCGUGGAUGCUAUCUUCAAGGAGCAGCUGCACACGCGCGUGGUCCUCGUCGCCGUGGAGAUCUGGACCGACAGGGAUCGGAUUCCCGUCAGCGUCAAGCCGCUGGAGAUGCUACGCGACUUCUCCAAGUACCGUCAGCAGAGCAUCAAGCAGCACGCGGACACAGUGCACCUCUUCACCAACGUGACCUUCCACUACCGCAGGAGCAGCGCGGCGUACUUCGGAGGCAUGUGCUCCCUGACCCGCGGCGUCGGGGUCAACGAGUAUGGCAGCACCUGGUCCAUGGCUGCCUCGCUGUCCCAGAGCCUGGCUCAGAACCUGGGCAUCCAGUGGGACCCCGCCCGCCAAGAGAAGUAGUGCGGCUGCGCCGAGUUGUGGGUCGGCUGCAUCAUGGAGGACACGGGAGUGCAGCACCCUCGGAAGUUCUCCAAGUGCAGCAUCUCGGACUACAAGGAGUUCCUGCUGAAGGGCGGAGGGUCCUGCCUUUUUAACAGGCCCACCAAGCUGUUUGAGGCGACCGACUGCGGGAACGGAUACGUGGAGGUGGGAGAGGAGUGCGACUGCGGAGGCAGGACGGAGUGCUACAAGGAGUGCUGUAAAAAGUGUUCCCUGGCCAACGGUGCCCACUGCAGCGAUGGGCCAUGCUGCAACAACACGUGUCUGUUCUACCCGCGAGGAUACAGUUGCCGCUAUGCUGUGAAUGACUGUGACAUCUCAGAAACAUGCUCUGGAGACUCGGGGCAGUGCCCUCCCAAUCUCCAUAAGCAAGAUGGCUACCUCUGCCAUCUCACCCAGGGCCGCUGCUACAGUGGAGAGUGCAAGACCAGAGAGAACCAGUGCAAGUACAUCUGGGGACCAAAGGCUGGAGGGUCCGAGAAGUUCUGCUAUGAGAAGCUGAACAGAGGAACUGAGAAGGGCAACUGUGGAAAGGAUGGAGACAAGUGGCUCCAGUGCAGCAAGCAUGACGUAUUCUGUGGGUACCUGCUGUGUAGCGGCAUCGGCCGUAACCCCCGGAUCGGGAUGAUGAAGGGAGAGAUCACCCCCACCUCCUUCAACCACCAGGGCCGCUACUGCAAUGCAGGUCUCGGGGGCCACGUCCUGCUGGACGACGACACCGACCUGGGCUACGUGGAGGACGGGACGCCCUGUGGGCCGUCCAUGAUGUGCCUUGACCACAAGUGUCUGCCCAUCCAGUCCCUCAACAUGAGCAUCUGUCCCAGCGGGCCCAACGGACAGGUGUGCUCGGGCCACGGGUGAGUGUGCAACAACGAAGGGACGUGCACCUGUGACACCACCUGGGCAGGGACGGACUGCAGCAUGCCCGACCCCCCCAAGGAGCCAGAUAUCCUCCCCUGAAGUGAAAACAGGUAAGGUCCUAGUGCCACCAAUCUAAUAAUAGGCUCCAUCGCCGGAGCCAUCCUAGUGGCUGCCAUAGUGUUGGGGGGGACUGGAUGGGGAUUUAAAAAUGUGAAGAAGCGCCGGUACGACCCCAACGCCAGCGCCAUCUAACGGGGAAGGAGAGGUGGCGUGCACCAGGGACAUCUUCCUGCGCUUUCUUAGUUGGCUACUUGACAGCUGGACUGCACUUACUACUGCUGACCUUUGGCAUUAGAUUACUUGAAGAAAAAAAAACAUAGUGGACAAUUUAACAAAUUUCCAUCGUAGAACUGCAGCCUUUUCGACCCCCCCCCCCUUCACCAACCCCUCCUCACCCCCCCCCCCCCCCCACCCCACCCUGAUCCGUAGAGUGACAGAGCAGUGCAUAGGCGUUCAGGCGGAUCCCACAUCGCUCCCUCACCUGGCAUGAUUACCUGCACAGUGCUACUCGCUGGCCCUGGCAUGAAGUGCCCUCGCAACAGGUCUCUGCAUGGCUACGAAAGCUAUGAUUACACAGCAACAAAGAAAAAAAAACACACAAAAAAAUAUACAAAACACACAACAACA